AAAGAAGGUAAUUUAAUUUUGGAAAAUAUGUUAUCUUUACAAGUUGAAUUUAAUGCUCGCAUGGAGGCAAACUCCACAUUUCUCAAAGGUUCAUCUCAGUUGCUCCACUUUAGUAAUUCUUUGAAAUUAUGGAAGUGAACCAAUGGAACAUACUCUGUUGUGCUGUGAUUAUAACCGGAUUGCAGAAUAAUCUCCAGUUUGCACUGAAUACAUUGUUAUUGGGAAUCAACAGAUCAAUAAAAUAGAGGUAACGUAUUAUUGUGCAAGGUAACUUAUCUGAACAGUUUUGGCAUUCUGGAAAUAGUAAUUGCUUUUCUCUUAUAAUGGAAAUUGUGAGUCUUUCUAAAUCUUACUUUAAGGGAGUACAUAUUGGCAUUAUACCCAUCUACCGCACUUUUUGUGGACUUAUGGCAGGGACCCUGCAUGCAUUCAUUUGAUAAAAGUAGGUGCGGCCCUGGUUGAUUUCUAAAACACAUUGAUUUUUAUUAACAGUAUACCAACAUUGUAGUAUUUCUGCUAAAGUGGAGCUCCCAUAUUCUCCCAGAUAUAAUUCGCAUCGGGAUUACAAUACCGUUCUUAUAAAUGAUAAACAUCCAGUUUAGUUGAGGACGACGGUCACAACCAAGCAACGGGUUAACUGAAAGGCGAGAAUCACACCCGCGCGCGCGCGCGUGUGUGUUUGGGGGCGGGAGCUAAUCUCAGCGGCGCCACUUUAAAAAAACAGUCUCGCGGACCUGUCAAUCUAGACGAACCAGACGGACCCUGGUUAGAGGUCCUGUUCAGCGCCUGUGAGAACCGCCGCGUGAUUGGCCGAGAGUGGUGGUACCUGUGAGACCUGAGCGCCUAUUGGAUGCAGGAACGAUUCAGAGCUUGGCCAUCAUGAUGUCAGUAAACUUUCUGGUCACUCAUUGGCUGAUCAACUUAAUACUAGCAGCAUCAUGUCAGUGAACCCACCAAGCAGCAACGAUGCUUGCCUAAGCAUUGUCCACAGCCUCAUGUGCCACCGGCAAGGUGGAGAGAACGAGGGAUUUGCCAAGCGUGCCAUUGAGAGUCUAGUGAAGAAGCUGAAAGAGAAGAAGGACGAGCUGGACUCACUUAUCACUGCCAUCACCACCAAUGGUGUUCAUCCCAGCAAGUGUGUCACCAUUCAGAGGACGCUGGAUGGACGGUUGCAGGUGGCAGGGAGGAAAGGCUUUCCUCAUGUGAUUUAUGCACGGCUGUGGCGCUGGCCUGACCUCCACAAGAAUGAACUCAAGCAUGUCAAGUUCUGCCAGUACGCCUUUGACCUGAAGUAUGACAAUGUGUGUGUUAACCCCUACCAUUAUGAGAGGGUGGUGUCACCAGGCAUUGUCAAGGUUUCAUUUUUAUUCUUUCUGUCUUCUCUGACAGUGGGUCUCAGCCUUCAAAAUACAGCAGCACCAGGCAGGCUGAUCAAAGAGGAGUAUAUCCAUGACUGUAUACAGAUGGACCUUCCCCCUGGCAUGCCUAUGUCUGACCACCAAGCUGUCCUGAAGCUGCCUCCUCCAGACCACUAUGGCCCACCUCUGCCUCCCCCACAGCUAUCUUCUGAGUCUCAUGGACCCCCACCUGUUACCAGAUACGCUAACCUGCCUGUCUCACCUGAAGUGCCCGGCUCUGGCUCCAUGCUGCCUUUGCAGGGCAGUCAUGGUGAUGGCCGUCUCCAGACUCCAUCUCCACAGGCUCAAGUUAUUCAGCCACGGCCUCCAACCCCAACCCAGUCCCCUCCUCUGCAGCCAGUCGCCCAGCAGCCCUCACAGCCCCCGCAGCCCCCACAGCAAAACCCCCUACCACUUUCUCACUCACAUAGACAGAACGGAUACAGCAGUAAUAAACACUCUCAGAGUCAGCCAGCCUUCCACACAGUUUGGACAGGCAGCAGCACAGCUUCCUAUGCUCCCAUUGGACCCCAGCAGAAUGGACGUAGUCACCAACAACCUCCCUUCCAUCAUCCAAACCAUCACUGGUCUCAACAUCAUGGAUCAAACUCUUUCCCUCCUUCUGUAUCCAACCAUCCAGGACCAGAGUUUUGGUGCUCUGUCUCCUACUUUGAAAUGGACGUUCAGGUUGGUGAGAUGUUCAAGGUGCCCUCCAGCUGCCCUGUAGUGACUGUGGAUGGUUAUGUUGACCCAUCAGGAGGCGAUCGCUUCUGCCUUGGCCAGUUGAGUAACGUCCAUCGCACAGAUGCCAGUGAGAGAGCCAGGUUACACAUAGGUAAAGGUGUGCAGCUGGAAUGUCGUGGUGAGGGGGAUGUGUGGAUGCGCUGCAUGAGUGACCACGCUGUGUUUGUACAAAGCUACUACCUCGACAGGGAAGCAGGCCGAGCACCAGGAGAUGCUGUGCACAAAAUCUAUCCUGGAGCCUACAUUAAGGUGUUUGAUCUGCGACAGUGCCACAGACAGAUGCAGCAGCAGGCAGCGACAGCUCAGGCUGCAGCUGCUGCACAAGCAGCUGCUGUGGCAGGAAAUAUUCCUGGUCCCGGUAGCGUCGGAGGCAUUGCACCUGCAGUUAGUCUGUCUGCAGCAGCGGGUAUCGGUGUAGAUGACUUGAGGCGGCUCUGUAUCCUGCGGCUCAGCUUUGUAAAGGGCUGGGGGCCUGACUAUCCCCGUCAGAGCAUCAAACACACCCCCUGCUGGGUGGAGGUCCACCUGCACCGCGCUCUGCAGCUUCUAGAUGAGGUGUUGCACACUAUGCCAUUGACUGAUCCACGGCCCGCUAACUGAGGACAAAGACCAUGUUCAAAUUCCAAUCUGGAUUAUUCAAAUGUGUGCAGGCAGACACCUUUUUGAAUAUUUUUGCUUUUGAUAUGCUAUCUAAAUCAGAAACAUACAGAAAACAGAAGUUAUAAACAACAAAUUAUGCUUGUAACAAUCAGCGCGCUCAUCGCUUAUGCUUUUUCACAGAUGUGCACACACACCUACUGUAAUCCAAAGGUCUGUCCAACCAUAUAAAUACUGAUGUCUUUGGGAUUAUUGUAAUGCUUUUCUCUCUAAAAUCUACAGUCAAACGCAAGCAAGGUGAAAGUCUGAAGGUUAAGAUUUUCAGUUUGUGUUCUGACCAAUGUGUCUCUGUCUGGAAGACUUUUGAAUGCACUGUAGAAAUCCAGGGAUGUGUUUCAGAAAUCCAAUUUUCUUAUAUGCAAGUAGGAUUUCUUCUAAUUGUAGGAGUGUUCUGCACAUUCAUUCAUGGAAUACACAAGUGAAUAUAAAAAUCCUGUUAGGAGUCCAAAACACUCCUGACAGAUGAAUGCAUACCUCCGAAAAAUGCUGUUAGUAAAUUCACACUGAAUACAAUCAGCAUUACACUUCUCUUUAUGUCUUAUCAAUAACAGAACUGAUGAAUUAAGCAAGCCAGUGUUUUGUCAUCUCUGCUUAUAUUGCGCUCAUCACUGUAUGUUGAUUUAACUAAAACUGUUCGCAAUGAUAGCAGGUUAGCUCUCCUAUUACACUAACUAUAUUAUUUUUUUAACCAAAAGACUAAAAAGCCAAAAACAUUUAGCUUUAAAGUAGUGUUGUUGUUUGUAAUGAAACAGUGCUACCGUGUAUGUAACCAAAUGGCUGGUGUAAAUCACCAACGCAGGAAUACCUCAUAAGUACAGCACAAAGUCACAGUUUAGUUUUCUGUGGAACCAGCACAGACUUUCUUCAUCAGUGACAUUAGUCUGUGACUGGGUAACAAAAGUAACAGACAGCCCUCCCAUAGGAUCGUGACUGCAACAUUUAGUAAGCUUUGUAUUUCUAUAGGUUUACAAUCUAUGUGCUCUUCUGUGUUGUGGCAGUACUGGAAAGCUGACUGCUGUUUGUUACGCUGGAAUAUUUGUUAUACUCUACGGUUUUACAGCAAAAUGUACUCAUGAAAGAGAGUAACACUAACUUCUAAUGUGCAGAGACAGAAACCUGAGUGCUUGUAUGGUCAGACCAAAAAUCAGGCUUCAGCCUGUAUAUGUAACACCAGUGCCUUUCUGGUCUCUGCUCUGAUUGUUGUAAUAUGACUUCAGACAUGUACGCAGGAGUUUACUUGAACUCUGGGUGGUUGUCUGUCUUACGUUUGACCAUUAGAAAAGAGCAGGGUCCGUGUGGCAGGAAAAAUGAAAAAGAGCUUUCUUUCUGCUCAUUUUUAUCCUGCCGUCACUCAGUGUAAAGCUGUCACAGCUGUUGUCAUUGAACUAAAUUGCUGAUUUUGAAAAUAGUGAUUUGGAGCUGCAUUUAAAAAGCCUUAUCUUACUUAGGUGUCCUCCUAAAUGGUGCUAAAACUUUCAAGCAAAGAGUUUUCUCUUAGGUCGGGCCCACACUACAGGAGUGUUAAAAUCCUUGAUGGUCUUCUUAAUCAGGAAAAACUUCACAGAGAUUCUUCUCUCUAAUCUCAGACAUGUACACACUACAAGAUUGAAACAAAAUGACACAUCAUACAGUACAUAUGAAAACAAAAUGGAGACCGCAAUGCAACAAUUUGCUGUAAUGCUAAUGAUACUGUACAGGGAGAAGAAACAAACACAGAAGGAUAAAUUAGUCUAAAUAGGAAAAUGGUUGGGAAGGUGCAGUCAGCACUAUUCUUCCGUGAGAACUGGAUGUGAGAUUUUAGCAGUCAGUUAUAAUAUACGUAACUAGAAUGGCUAAAAUGUUUAGUGUUGCGUGGCAACAGCAUCCAGUGUUCCUGGUUAGAGUUAGAGUGAUAAUUGAUACUUUAAUAUAACAGUUGUUUGAGUCUGCGAACAUUUCAGAAGGUUUCAGGCUGGAUCUGUAAACUCCUCACAGUAACAAAUAAGCUUUGCCCUACAUCAGUUCAGACUACGAUCUCAGACAAGGUUUCUUCUCCAAUUGUCAGGAGGGAUGAAGCAGCAUGGAAGUCGCCUGAAAUUCCUGUAGUGAGUGCAGUCUGUAAAGAUCUCUUCUCAAAUUAGAUUAUGUUUCAAUAGAUUAGAUUAAUUUUAAAUAAAUAGAAUAAACAUCUAACCUAAUUAAUUUAAAAUCUUAUUUUUUUAAAUCAAGCAAACUUUAAAUAUAUUUCAUUUGGACUUUUUUUAAAAUUUACAUUUAAUGAACUGUCAAACAAAUGUGAUUGAAAAGGGCACAUCUGGACUUCUGAAUAACCUUUUCCUUAUUCUUAGUUUCUCCUAGCUGAACUGCUUUGUCACUCAAACUGGUGAAGCUUCAUAUCAUCUUCAGCUCAACUGAAAUGUAGUUUUGCACACAACAGACAGGACUUGUGGCUGGUUAAGAUGCACUGAGACAUCCACAGUUUGAUUCCUGCCCGAGGGACACUGUUGCAUCGCUCACACAUCCAAAAACCCACCUUUUGUCUUUUGUUUUUUGUCUCUUUCAAAACUGUUGACGAUUAAAUCAAAGUAAAAUGCAAAAUAAUCAUUUUAAAAAAACGUAUAAAGACAGGCUUGAACUGCUUCAUACAUACCAUGUAGACAGAAUUUUGCUUCCCUGUGGUAGACACCAGUAUAAUUAGUAUUAGAAGGUCAGAUCUUUGGACAGACCCAGUCUGUGUUAUAUAGGAAUAUUGUUAGUUUAUCUCAAUUCAAAUGUAAAUAAAUGUAACAACUAGUUUAUCUGUAGAGCUAAGAUACUUUGACAUGGGAUAAUCUGAGAAACAUUUGUUGUCUCAUUCAGCUGCUUUACGAAGGUCAGCCAUUAACAUAAGCAUAUUUGUGAUAUGUGCCUUUUGUUGUCAACAGUAGAUGCACCAAUACUUGAUUGUCAGUCACAAAUCUGACAAUCCAGUCAGUGUACACAAUCGUCCUGCACAUGACAAUUAAUGUUGCACAUUGUGAAUUGUUUUUCAGCUGUUAAAAUCCUGUGAUGACAUUCAGUGGUUCCCUCAGAUACAGAAAUGAACAAAAGUAUUGGCACCCCCGGAAUUUUUCCAGAAAAUACAUCAUUUCUCCCAGAAACUGUUGCAAUUACAAAUGUUUUUGGUAUACAUGUGUUUUUUUCCUUCAUGUGCAUUGGAAAAACACAAAAAAGCAGAAAAAAUGCCAAAAUUGACAUAAUUUUACACAAUAUUCAAAAAAUGGGAUGGAUAAAAUUGUUGGCACCCUCAACUCAAUAUUUGGUAGCACACCCUUUGGAAGAAAUAACUGAAACCAAUCACUUCCUAUAACCAUCAACAGGCUUCUUACACCUGUUAAAUGGAAUUUUGGACCACUCUUGUUUUGCAAACUGCUCCAGGUCUCUCAGAUUUAAAGGGUGCCUUCUUGCAACAGCAAUUCUGAGAUCUCUCCAUAGGUGUUGAAUGGGAUUUAGAACUAGACUCAUUGCUGGCCACUUCAGAAUUCUCCAGCACUUUGUCUCCAACCAUUUCUUGGUGCUAUUUGAGGUAUGUUUGGGGUCAAUGUCCUGCUGGAACACCCAUGACCUCUGACGCAGACCCAGCUUUCUGACAUUAGGCCCUACAUUGCAGCCCAAAAUAUUUUGAUAGUCUCCAGAUUUCAUGAUUCCUUGCACACCGUCAAGGCACCCAGUGCCAGAGGCAGCAAAACAACCUCAAAACAUCUUUGAACCUUCAAAAUGUUUGAUUGUAGGUACUGUGUUCUUUUGUUUGUAGCCUCAUUCUGUUUUCUGUAAACAGUAGAAUGACGUGCUUUUCCAAGAAGCUCUACCUUAGUCUCAUCUGUCCACAAAACAUUCUCCCAGAAGGACUGAGGCUUACUCAGGUACAUAUUUGCAAACUCCAGUCUGGCUUUUUUAUGUCUCUUUGUCAGCAGUGAGGUUCUCCUCAGUCUCCUGCCACAGCGCUUCUUCUCAUUCAGAUGAUGAUGUCUGGUCCGAGCCGACUUCUGUACCCUGACUCUGCAGGACAGCCUGAAUUUGUGUGGAAGUUGACUGAGGGCAAUCCACCAUUCGAACUAUCCUAUGUGUUGCAUUCUUUCGUCAAUUUUUCUCUUCCGUCCCCGUCCAGGGAGAUUAGCCACAGUUCCAUGGGUUAUAAACUUCUUGAUUAUAUUACACACAGUGGACAAAGGAACUUCAAAGACAUUUGUAACUGCAACAAUUUCUGGGAGAAAUGGUGUAUUUUCUGAAAAAAUUCCAAGGGUGUCAAUACUUUCGUCCAUGGCUGUAUCUGUGUAGCUCAUGGACGAUAUCACACAGUGUCAGAGAAAUCAGAAACAUGAUUGUCCUCUGAUAAUCAGUGUUACCUGAGUAGUGUUAUUUAUUGCCUUAGUCUUUUGUGAUUAUAAAAUAUUAAAAAGUAUGCUUGGCACUACUUUGUAGUAGAAACAAUUAAUACAAAUGUCAUGUUCUGUUUUCUUCCGGCCAUAUUCCAGGAUGUACACAUAUUGAAGUAGACCUAUUCAGAUAAUUAGGAACCUAUCAUCAUCAUUAGAUUAUUGUGAUUCAUCAAAACACUAGCACUGUCUAUUUGUGCGUCACUAAUAUUGUAAACAUGCACAUCCCUAGACACCUAAAGCCAAGCUUCAAUUUCAUUAUAUGCUCUUUUGUCUCUUGUACUUUUCCAUGUUAGUAAUCAGAAUUUCUUUGAAAUAAAAGCUUUAUUUCACUCCCAAUAAACAUUCAUUAUUCACUCAUUUUUGGACACUUUAUUUUCCAUAUAGGCUAAACUGCCUGCUCAGCUGUUAAAAUAACAUAAUUGCUUGUGCUCCUAAUGCCCCACCUGAGCAUUGUCUGUAUUUCCACCUAAUGUGCUCUAAUUUACAUUUCCAGUAACCAUCUUGGCAAUUAGCACGAAAUUGCAGACUUAUUAAAAGCAGUUUGUAUUUAUUAUUAUUUUUCAUUCCAUUUUCUUCAAACUUUUCAAACAUUGGAUGAAGCUGCUGUCAAACACUCCCAAAAUUUUCUGAUUCACAUCAAAUCUUUGGUCUGAUGUCUGCAUCUGUUGAGCCCUCACAAAUUGUAAAACCCACUUACUCCAUGCAAUGAUUGAUAAAUAUAACUUGUUGUCACUGUAGUGCCAUCUGUAGUUUGACAGUAUGAAGUGUGUAAAGUAUAAACAGACAUUCUAAUAAAAAUACUUCGAAAUGAUUAUAAAAAAAA